CUCGAACAUCACACACCCUCACAUGCCCAAACCUCAAGCCUCAUAUACGCGCAAACGUCAACGCGCAGAGCUAACCGAUACUUUGCAACCUAUAUUGAAAAAGCCGAAGGUCGGGCACCAGGUAAAGAAAGGUACAUCGUCAUACCUUUUGUCAUACUGUACCUGCUACAACGUCACAACAAAGACGCAGAAGCCUACGUCUCCAAGGUGCCGAUCCUAUCCAAAGCGACCUCGAGAUGAAGACGAAGUCUCCUCCGCCCACUCUUCGCUCGAGCUGUUUGCAAAACGAGUACAAAUAUGUGUACCUGUAACCAGCAAACCAGUCAGGUGGAAGACACUUACUUCGUAAAGAGGCUCGGGUUGACUACUGGAACGAAAACCAAGCCUGGCCGACAGAGCGACUUUGCAUCUCUCCGACCGACCAAGCGUCAGCACAUACUAGCAAACCCUCGGACUCCUAACUAUUCCCUCGACAAAGCCUCUCGACUAAGCGUCCUCCAGACCGUUUCUCCAAUACCACUAGACCACCCUCGGCCGCCGAAUUCUUCUCGCGAGUGGGUCAAUCCCGCGUGCGAUCGCAUUGACGACUGGCUUGCCGAAAUCCCUCCCCAUCGCGCGAGCAGCUGCCCCCCACAACUAGAAUGCAGCACCCGCACGCAAUAUUCGAUCCAGGUGGACAAGCCGAACAAGACGGAGGAGACAGAGUUUUGGGGGAGCCUCGGUCGCGUCCGGUCGAAGCUCGCGGCCACGUCUCACAUCGACUACCGCAAGACACUACGCAACAAUGGCGUCCUUUUCGACCGCACGGGCGAGAAGAUUCCCCCAGAGCUGCGCAGCUUCCUCGACUCGUAUAUUCUCCAAGAGCGAUCCACAAACUUGUCUCCUGAAGCAAUUGCCGACGCAGUGCAGACUACCGUCGACGUCGCAGACAGCCCAGAAGGUAAUGUUUACGACCUUAUCAAUACGGCGACGCUCCCCACCAAACGUUCUGACGUCGGACGUGGCGGCAAUACGCCCUGGACUCACGAUGAUGCCCACUGCGGCUAUCCAACGGGUCAGAGCUCGACUUGGACGGUCAAGGAAAACACAGUCAUCGAUCAUCCAGCGGCAAGACGGCUUACACAACCAGGCAAAGGGAAUUGUCUCCCUUACUUCGUGCUAGAGAUGAAGUCCGAGGCUAUGGGGGGGACGCUUUGGCAAGGCGAGAACCAAACUGCAGGGAGUGGCGCAUGUUGUGUCAACGCUGCACGCUGGGACUUUCGGGAGGCUUAUCCAUCCGAAGAACCGUCGAUUGUGGAUACAAUCGCUCUUUCGGCCUACGCAACUCAUCGAGACGUCAUCUGGCACGUCCACUGGUACAGCGUUGAGGAUGGACGACACUACAUGUCUUGGAUCGCAAGCCACGACACUAUUCGCCAGGUCCAGCAAUGCAACCAUUUGACUCUCAACCUAUUUGACCACUGCCAGGGCUAUCGUCAGACGAAGCUCCGACGUGCGCUCGAGCAGCUGAAUCCUAUUCCGGACCAUUGGAAGCAAGCUCGACCUGCCAGUGCCAUGAACUCGCAGAUCGCUGGCGAGGAUGAUGAAGGUGUAGGCUCCAACAAGAGUCAGCGGCUGGAUUAG